CCUCAAUUGCUAAUUAGCUUACAGUGCCUGUGCUGGAAACAUCCAACCGUUGUCGCCAUAGCUACUAUUUGAUCAACACUCUCACACUUGAGAGUUCUUCCUCGCCAGUCACUUGAGUUAUACUAUUCGAUAUCAGAGUACUGUAUGCUUACUACAGGCGUUUGACUCAUUAUUUCCCACGACCAUGGCUGCAAGGAGGUCUCAUACGAAUACCUCCGUCCUCAUCAUUGGCUCCGGCAUAUCAGGACUUUGUGUGGCGAUAGAUUUGAUCCGGCGGAACAAAUGCGACGACUUUAUCAUAGUUGAGAAGGGUAGCCAAGUGGGUGGAACAUGGAACGACAACAAGUAUCCGGGAUGCUGCUGUGAUGUUUGGAGCCAUCUAUACUCCUACUCAUUCGAACCAAAUCCAGACUGGAGUCGAGAAUAUUCGGGCCAAGAAGAGAUCCUUUGUUACCUGAUAAGCGUGGCUCAGAAAUGGGGACUCUUUCAGAAGAUCAGAUUCAGUUCUAACGUAUCUAAAUCAUGUUGGUCCGAUUCUGAAGGCAUCUGGAAAACGGAGGUGCAAGUCACUGGUGAUAAAGAUGCUGAGUUUGGGAAGGAAUACACAAUCAAUUCACAGUACCUCGUAUCUGCAGUUGGACAGCUGAACAUGCCCUCAUACCCCAGACUGCCAGGUCUCCACAGCUUCAAUGGCAAGGUCAUGCACUCUGCGAGAUGGGACUGGAGUUAUCCCAUGGAAGGCAAAAAGAUCGCGGUGAUUGGCAAUGGCGCCACCGCAGCGCAGAUCAUUCCCGAGGUGGCCAAGGUUUGUGAUACGUUGUCUGUGUUUCAGCGGACGGCGAAUUGGGUGGUACCAAAGUUCAAUACAGACAUCAGCACAGUGAAAAGGAACGCAUACCGGUACCUGCCUGGAUUUCGCAAGUUUUACCGAGCACGAUUGAUGGAUAUCCGAGAGACCAUCUACCAGGCAAAUGUGGUUGAGAAUUCCGAGGCAAAGCAAGAAUUGCGACAGACUGCCUUAGCAAUGCUGGAAGCCCAAAUCCCAGAUAAUGCAGAGUUGAGGAAGAGCCUUAUCCCCAACUAUCCACCAGGAUGCAAGCGUGUCAUCAUGUCUGACGAUUUCUUAUCGACUCUCAACCAUCCGCACGUCACUCUCGAGACAAAUCCCAUCAAAACCAUCAGCUCGUCAGGAAUAGUCGUCGAAGGAGAACACAAGUACCAAGUCGAUGUCAUCAUCUUAGCUACGGGCUUUCGCACUUUGAAAUUCAUGUACCCGAUCAAGAUCUUCGGCGAAGGAGGUCGCUCUCUGACCGACAUCUGGCAAAACGGCACAAAGGCUUAUAUGGGAAUGACCGUCGAAUCACUCCCCAAUUUUGCAAUGCUGUAUGGUCCGAACACGAACCUGGGACACAACUCUGUCAUUCUCAUGAUCGAGGCUCAAUCACGGUAUAUUAAUGCCAUGAUCUCGACCGUCUUGGGAUCUGUGCGCGGAGAGAAGAUUUGCAUUACGGUCAAGGAGCAGAGUUUGAUGGGAUACAACAAAGAAAUCCAGGAGCGGCUGAAGCGAACCACGUUCGCGAAUCCGAAAUGCCAUAGUUGGUAUAAGGCUGCGGAUGGGACCGUGACUAAUAAUUGGUGUGGGACUGUGGUUGAGUAUCAGGAGCGGACUUCAAAGAUUGAUUGGGCUAGCUAUAAUGUUGCGUGUACGGGUGGUAAGAUAAUUAGUAAAGAGGAAGUGCAGCAUAUUGGUAGGGUGGUUGAGGAGACGCGCUAUGCCCAGUCGGCACUUUAUGCGACCUGUGGAUUCUUUGGACUAUGGUUGUUGGGAACUUGUGCACUCAGAAUAAUUUAG